GGAUUUACGUCAUAGGUUUUAGCAUGAAAACGAGGUUACGCGUGGGACUUGUCACGCUUGAUGAUGCAAAUCAUGCCGAACAAAGAUCACUGUUGUGUUCCUUUGUGUCAAAAUAAUAGGUCUAAAGCACAGUCUAAUAUCACUUUUCAUCAAUUUCCGAAAGAGAAAGCCUUGAGACGCGAAUGGAUUGCAAAAAUUAAGCGCGAUAUCGGGAAAUCAUUCCAGAUUACCAACAGCACAAGAGUUUGUUCUCAGCAUUUUAGACCAUCAGAUAUAAAGAAAACUCUAACCAAAAAAAAAGUACUCAAUAAAGGMGCUAUUCCGUCCAUUUUUGAAUGGUCAAAAACGCCUGAAAAGUCUAGAAAGUCCCCAAAGAAACGUCGCCAAACACAAGUGCCAUCUGAUAGGAUUGAUGUCGACUUGAAUAUCGAGCCUGCUUCUAAGACAGUUUCAGCUGAGGUUGGUCAAGAAAAAAUUCUGAUCGUGGAAGAUGAGUCAGUACUGACCGACAGUAGUACUAGUACAACCACUGUUGUAAGCUUAAAUACAUCACAAGUUGGAGACGCUACAGUCAUUACGCCUACUAUAAACAUGCAUGAUUACUUAUACACUGGCCCUGAAAAAACUACAGAGGAAAUGUUGGAGGCUGCACGAAAACGAAUAGAUGAAUUAGAGAGACUUUUGUAUAAACAAUCAAUCUACAAAACGUUACAAGAGAUGCCUGACAAGCGCGUGAGGUUCUACACUGGCUUUUCUUCGUAUAAAGUUCUAAUUUGUACCUUUAAUGCCUUAAAGCCUACAGCCGACAAGAUGUACUCUUGGUGUCAAGUACAGAGAAUCAGGAAUAAAGGGAAAACUGAACUAGACAACAUGAGGAACACUGUCAGAACAUGUAAACUUUCCUUAUUUGAUCAGUUUUAUUUAUGUGUUACAAAGUUAAGGUUGGGUACAUUUAAUGAGCAGUUGUCAGGGGAAUUUAACAUUUCUGUUUCGACUGUAAGUAGGGUUUUUAUUUCCUGGGUUAACUUUCUUUAUUUUAUUUUGGGCACACUACCCAUAUGGCCAUMUAGAAGCAAAAUUAAUAAGCACAUGCCAAAGUGUUUUAAGUUACUAUAUCCCAAAUGUCGUGGCAUCAUAGAUGCAUCUGAAAUCAAGGUCCAAUCACCAUCUAGUAUGGUUUUAAAUAGCGGGUGUUAUUCCUCAUAUAAGAGCCACACAACGUACAAGGGGAAUGUUGUUAUAUCUCCCUCAGGUGAAGUUAUUCAUGUUAGUUGCCUUUUUGAAGGUAGCAUAUCAGACAAAGAGCUCGUCAGGCAAUCAGGUCUAUUAGAUUUGCUUGAAGCAGGAGAUGAGAUCAUGGCAGACAAAGGCUUUACCAUACAAGACCUUUUAAAACCACUCGGAUGUGAUGUUACUAUACCUGCUUUUCUUUCUAGUAAGGGCCAGUUUUCGAAGAAAGAGCUUCUGGAAAGCAAGCAGAUACACAACUUAAGGGUUCAUGUAGAAAGGGCCAUUAGAAGGGUGAAAGAGUUUCACUAUUUUGAUCGUGUAAUUCCCCUCACUGUGGCUGGAAGUAUUAAUCAAAUAUGGACAGUAGCAUGUCUUAUAACUAAUUUCCAGGGACCUUUGUAUUAUGAGCAUUCAUGAAUUAAAGGUGGUCACAUAAUUUAUUAUUGACAAACAUAUAUACUUUUACUAUUUGUAGUCAUUCUCUUUCUGUACUAGGAGUAGUGAUCGAAGAUGCACAAUAUGUCCUGAAUAAUUUCCAAGGACCAUUUAUUUUAUGAGCAAACAAAAAUAGUACUAUUUUACAGAUUUUCACUGUACUUGUGUUUAUAUUUGUUCAGCAAUAAAAUACUAAGUAUUCAACACAUAAUGUUUGUACUCUAAUAGUUACAACUUUUACUAGUAACCUUAGUUCACAGUUUUGUAUCCACAACAUCAGUGAUUUUAAUUUAAAGCAAACUACAGGAAGUUUGGAUUUGCUUUUGUGUGUGCCCUGACUAUUCUAUCAUUGUAAAUUAAAAUCCACUGAUGUACAUAUAAUUGCAACAGGUUUAGUGAAAUCUCUAUUUUUCUACAUAGAAAUAUACUUACUCAAUGC